AUGGUUCUUCAGCUAUGCUUGACAUCAGCAAUUGACGAUGACUCAUAUGAAUUGUGUACGUCGACUCUUUGCAAUUUAUCAGGUAAUCCUCCUGUGCUAUUCAACAACUUCACAGCUAUGUUCAAACCUAAUCCUAGCUUUGAUAUUGAACAAACAAACUCUAAAAAUCAAUUGAUCGAGCAAAAUCGGUUGAAGCUAUGCAAGGGGGUACCAUUGGAUUGCCUAGAGCCCGAUAACAAGCAGAGGGAUCACAGAAUGCUUAGAAAAUAUGACGACGAUGAGCUGAAGGGAUUCGACCUACGAAUUCUGCAAAGAAUGCUUCAUGGAAGUAUAGACGUUGAUGAAAUGGAUGUUGAUGAGCGGGAUGCAUCUGAUAGUGCCUGGAUUUUAAGUAUCUCAGAUAUUCCACCUGCUGGGGCGAACAGAAAAGUAUCGUCGCAAGCAAUCACAGAAAGCACUAUUACUACAACAGGUGGAAGCUCAGCUUCCAUUACAUCUUUUCUUUCAGAACUGGGCUACAUUUUGGACUAUCGGCUGCUAGUGAUUGGUGUCAAAUUCAAUAUGAAACACAAUGUCUAUCUUGAACUAUCCAAAAUAUGGCAAAUAGACAACGCUGGCAUAACAAGACAAUUGACCAAAGGUGGUUUUAUGGUGAAGGCCUUUGUGAACGUCGCUAAAAGCACCGAUAUCAAGAGUAUAAACAACGGCACGAAUGCCCUACUCAAUCUUCAAAAAGAACUUAGCGGAUACAUAGACCUCACGAUUCCAGAUCGAAAAUCAAUGGACUCACGAUUGGAGAACCUUAACGAUAUAUGA